UGUCGAACUAGCAGUUAUUCCUCAUUUUUUUCUAGGGACCAGUAAAGCGGAAGAUUACCUAGGUACUUUAAUUAUGGGCUCUAAAUCUGCUGAAAACGCAAUAAUUGGAACUUCAUCAGAAUAUCCUUCAAAUUCAACAGACUUCUUUUGUGCAAGCUGCAAACUUUCAGUUAAAUGUCGAUUUGGAAAAUUGGAGCUGGAGAAGGCUGGCUGUAGAGAAGAGUGUUUUUAUAUGAAAAAUCCUUUUGAGCCCCCAGAUUUCCACAAAGCUCAACGGAAUUAUUCAAUUGAAGAUUUUCUCGUUAUUGGUGCAAAUUGUUAUAUUUGUAAUCAACAAAUUUGUGUAGACGAGGAAUGUUCUCUUUUCUAUAAAAACACUUAUUGUUUGAAUUGUGUUUGGAGAGAAAAGCACAGCUUCCCUGCGGAACUACUUUCGAACGUUUCGAAGCAGCGAAGCAAGUCAAAAGAAUCUUGA